CAGGGCUGACAGGCUGCAGGUCCCAUCAGCCAACAUGAGGCUGAACCAUCACUGCUCGCAUCCAAUCAGCUGACAGGAUGGGAUUGGAUGAGCAAUCAAAGUGUUGCUCCUCUCCCAUCCUUGGCUACCUUGAGCAUCGAGCUCAGACCUGCGUUAUCUAGUGGCGGACCCCGACGUUUCUGCUCCGUGUCUGCAUCGGUGAUGGAAAACACCCGCUGCUUUGCCAACCGCUUCUCCGACUACAAAGGUGCGCUGCUUCCGGGCCAGGGAGGAGAGGCCGCGGUGCCCGCCGUCGUCGCCACCGUGGACAAAAUCCUCAAAAAGGUCCCCACCGACAUCAGCGACUGCGACGGAGGGCUGUACGACGGGCCGGCCGGGGUGGCUUACAUGCUGUACCACGUCAGCGAGUGCCCGCUGUUCUCCGAGCACCGGGAGGUCUACCUGAAGACGGCCAAGCAGAUCAUCGACGUGUCGGUCCGGUACGUGGACGCGGAGCCGGACAAGAACAUGCGCGCCGCCUUCCUGCUCGGCGGGGCGGGCAUCUACGCGGUGGCCGCUCUCAUCUACAAAUCCCUGGGCUUGGCUGAUUUCGUUAAGCCGCUGACCAAAUUUCGUAACCUGUGGGAGGUGUGUGCGCCCAUCAAUUUCCUGGAGUGCGGCUCGGACGAGCUGUUCGUGGGGCGGGCUGGGUACCUGUGCGCAGCGCUGGUCCUCAAGCAGAAGCUGGGGAUAGAGAUUCUGAGCAAAGAUCAAAUCAAAUCCAUUUGCCAGGCCAUCAUUGAGUCAGGAAAGCAGUACGCCAGGAGGAAGAGAAAGCCUUUCCCUCUCAUGUAUUCAUACUACGGAACAGAGUACCUUGGUGCAGCCCACGGCCUGUCGUCAGUGCUGCAGAUGCUGCUGAGCUACCAGGACAUGCUCAGCGGGGCAGAGAAGGACCUGGUGUGGCAGAGCGUCGACUUCCUCAUGAAUCAGGAGCAGAACUGUAACUGGCCUGCAGAGCUGGGAGCCAUCAUCGAGAGAGAGAACGAGCUGGUGCACUGGUGCCACGGAGCCCCCGGUGUGGCUUAUCUUUUCGCAAAAGCCUAUCUGAUCAAUAAGAAGCCUCAGUAUCUGGACACAUGCAUCCGCAGCGGGGAGCUCGUGUGGCAGAAAGGGCUGCUGAAGAAAGGACCGGGGAUUUGUCACGGAGUUGCUGGUAGCGCUUACGUCUUCCUCCUGCUUUAUCGGCUCACAGGGAACUCCAAAUACAUCUACCGUGCUCAAAGGUUUGCAGAGUUCCUCUUCACAGAGGAAUUUAAAGCAGGCUCACACUCAGUCACCAGCGUCUACAGUCUGUUUGAAGGCCUGUCGGGGACUGUUUGUUUCCUGGUCGACCUCCUGCAGCCGGACCAGUCAGAGUUCCCUCUGUUCAGUGUCUUUGUGUGAAUGGAGCGCUGGAUUACUGCUGUUCACCGACCCCAACAGACAUCACUGCUUCCCUCCUUCUGAAUCCCCUCAAAAACUGGAUGGAUAGAAACUUUAAAACCAGGACGCACAUUGUGAUGAAUUGCAGUAGAAAACUGGUCUUGUUUUGUACAUAUGCUAAAGUGGAUGGAUUCUUUGCACUUACUGUAAUAUCGCCCCUUUCAAUUUAAAUGGUAUGCACUAAAGCAGAGGUCUUUAAAUCGCGUUAAAAGGCAGACUGAACAUAGAAACAUAGUUUUUGCGAUGUUCAUUGUGAGUAAACUUGCAGAAAAAUAGACACUUCUUGUAAUUCUAGAAACUUAUCUGAAAAUCAUCAAGUUUGCUUCAGUAUCAAAGUAAUGCAGCAAUAGAGAUACGGCUCAAACAAGAACCGCUGAUAGCUACUUUGGCGCUUGUAGGCUAACAAAAGAUCAAGUCGCAAGCCACAGCUAGCUCACUGGCUACACUGACACUGUACUUCUUGUUUACACCCCUCACAGACCCCAAAUGUUAAGAAGUGUUGGUGCAGAUUUUGUCGGAGUAAGGCCCACAUUUUCAGACUUUGAAAACCCUGCACCAAAGCACUGGGAGUUUUGCAGCAUUUUCACCCAAGAUGCUAGCCUAGCCACGCUAUACCCAUGUUUCUGACGGCACAAGGGUCUAGGGAAGCUCGACAGGGAGGGAGACGGGCUAAAAGGUUGUCUAUCAAAUCCCUCUGCAGCAAUUGGGUAGGUAUACAACCAAUCAACACAACGAAUAGGCUGACGUAGUUCCGAGAGCACCGGCGGAUUGUGGCUAAGUCCCAUUAGCUUCCCAACCAGCGGAGCCAACUGGUAUAUUAAGGAUUUGCCAUAUCCCAUCGGCAUAAGUCCAAAUACGUCUUUCUUCUCAAUGAAAGACUUAAGUGCCGUCCUUUGUUUAUCUUUCAAGUUGAAUUUUAGCUUCAAAUCUUUAAGGGCUGUGGCCAAAGCCGAGUCGAAAGAGAACUGUUUAUUGUGCGCCGGUUGUUUCUGUCAGAAUCGUCGCGCCUCUGUCGUCACUUCGUUACGCCCGCCUUCUGACUCUACACUUCAUGGUGAUUGGUCCGGCCAGUUUUAGGAGAAUCCAGCCUCGAGCCUUAUAGAGGGUAACUAGACCCACCCUGGCAGAGAAUUAAAUUCGUUGCCGUGGGUUGUCUAGCGCGGCUAGGCUACCAAGAUGCUGCUCUCAGGUCAGAAAUACACGAGCACGUAAACGGUAAUAACACCCAAGUCACAUACAAAAAACAAAAAAGAGAAAAAACCUGUGUCACAUAAUGCCUUUGAAAUUUUUCUACCACUUCACCAGCUCGUACCGCAGACCUUUGAGUUUAUGUCUUUAGGGUACAUGAUCUCUCACAUUGCUGUUGUCACAACCUUUAGUGAUGAAUAUAGUGGAAGGAUUUUGAUACCGAACUCUCAAAAUAGUCCAAGCAGGGUAGGGAGUAACAGCCGGUAAAUUCUGAUGGAGUUAUUUGUUGUUUCUUGUCCUGUUAUCAGUCUCACUUUGUUUGCGCUGUGCAAUAUUCUGACCCCCCUGCCUGGACUGAGGUUACACUGUGUAGCAGUGCGACAGCUGUUUGUGUCUAUCGAUGUUUCAAACCGUGUUAUCUGCUCCGUGGGGACUUUCAAAGUGCUCAAUAUGUUGUGAUUUGUUCUGACUUUUACCCUGUGUAAAAAGAAUCUGUUAGGCUGUAGCUUCGUGAUGGAGACAGAGAUGAACAGAGCAAAAUGUGUUUUCAGUGUGAGAAUCAAAUUUUUCCUCCAAUUUAGUCUAUUCAAGAGGCGACUUAUUUCCAGCUCGGUCAUGUGGACUUAGAGUCAGUGAUUCCUUUACACAAAUGUGACAAUGAGGCCUUACAAACAAAUUUCUAGUAUCGUGGAUAUAAUCGCAUCUCUCGGAGUUAAGAGAAAGGACAACAUUUGAAACUAAAUAAAAUGCUUUGGGCAGCGUUUCUGAACAUGUGGCAUAGUUGGUGGAAAGGCCUGUGAACAACAGCAAACCAAAGCAGUUUCCUAAUGCUAACUGUGCCUGUUGUGGAACAUUUAUAAGCUGUACGUGUGUGUGUGUGUGUGCUGUUUUUGCAAUCCAAGCUAUUCAAAAUAACAUCGACAGGAUUAUUGUUACUAAUAAAGUGUCCAGAUGGAAAAAUAAAAA